GUAACGAAUGACGACAGGCUGCGUCCCGCUUUUUAUAGCGUCAGUGUGAGCUGCCCCGUUGUCAGUUUCUUCUUUUUUCUCUUGUUUUCUCUUUUCUCUCUCAACUCUCUUUCAUUUAGAAAAGCAAUGGCUGACCAACUUACCGAAGAACAAAUUGCCGAGUUCAAGGAAGCUUUCUCGCUCUUUGACAAAGAUGGUGAUGGCUCAAUCACUACCAAGGAGUUAGGCACCGUCAUGAGGUCGCUUAACUUGAACCCUACUGAGGCCGAGUUGCAGGACAUGGUCAACGAGGUCGACAGUGAUGGUAACGGUACCAUCGAUUUCAGCGAGUUCUUGACCAUGUUGGCAAGAAAAAUGAAGGACACGGAUUCGCAGGAGGAGAUCCAGGAAGCCUUCAAGGUGUUUGAUAAGGACGGUAACGGAUACAUCUCGGCAGCAGAGCUGCGCCACGUGAUGACGUCUUUAGGCGAGAAGCUGUCUGAGGAAGAAGUCGACGAAAUGAUCCGUGAAGCCGACGUUGACCAGGACGGUCAGAUCAAUUACGACGAGUUCGUGAAGAUGAUGAUGUCCAAAUAAAAGAAAGGUUUCUUUUCUUUGUUUUUGCACCUCCACCCACUUCCCCCACAAAACACACCCACAACACUCGCAUUCUGUGUCUCUCGCGUCUCUCGCUUUACGUACAGUGCCCUCUCUCCAUCUUACCAUCUACCCAGUCUCCCCAUCAAAACGUAGAAUAGCAAACCUUCUGUUGGGUUAUCUCUUUUUUUUUUCUGUACAUUGGAAUUUUUAUACAACAUAAAGGAACAAGAAUA